CCUCCGCUCCCGCGGUUGGAUCAGUCUUCUGGCAUUUCCUGCAGCCGGGCCGCGCCGCCAGCUGAGCCCCCGCGCGCCCGGCACGGCCCGGCCCGGCCCGGCCCAGCGCGCCCGGCUUCUCACGAAGCCCCCCAGCGCCCACGCCAUGAAGGAGGAGGCCUUCCUGCGACGACGCUUCUCCCUGUGCCCGCCCUCCUCCACCCCUCAGAAAGUCGACCCCCGGAAACUCGGCCGCACCCUGCUCUUGGGUGGAGAGAAUGAGCUCGACCCUCUGGGUCCAGGGAAGGACAUGGAGCCCAACAGCCCAUCGCCGCCCAGGGACGAAGGGCCCCCGACCCCAGGCUCUGCCACGAAGGUGCCACCGGCGGAAUACAGGCUGUGCAAUGGGUCCGACAGGGAAUGUGUGUCCCCGACAGCCAAGGUCACCAAGAAGGAAGCUCUCAAGGCACAGAAGGAGAGCUACCGCCAGGAGAAGAAGCGCGCCACCAAGCAGCUGCUCAGCGCCCUGACAGACCCUAGCGUAGUCAUCAUGGCCGACAGCCUGAAGCCGUCCAGAUGCCCCUGGGUCCCGGGCAGGCAUGGACGGCAGCGCCCCUCCCCCCAGAUCCGCGGGACCCUGAAGAGUUGGACCAAACUGUGGUGCGUGCUGAAGCCGGGGGUGCUGCUCAUCUACAAGACGCCCAAGGUGGGCCAGUGGGUGGGCACGGUCCUGCUGCACUGCUGCGAGCUCAUUGAGAGGCCCUCCAAGAAGGACGGCUUCUGCUUCAAGCUCUUCCACCCACUGGACCAGUCCGUCUGGGCCGUGAAGGGCCCCAAAGGUGAGAGCGUGGGCUCCAUCACACAGCCCCUCCCCAGCAGCUACCUGAUCUUCAGGGCCGCCUCCGAGUCGGACGGCCGCUGCUGGCUGGACGCCCUGGAGCUGGCACUGCGCUGCUCCAGCCUCCUGCGACUCAGCGCAUGCAAGCAGGGCCGCGACGGGGAGCCCGGGUCCUCGCCAGACGCGUCACCCUCCUCGCUCUGCGGGCUGCCCCCCUCGGCCGCCAUCCACGACCAGGACCUGUUCCCACUGAACGGGUCCUCCCUGGAGAACGAUGCUUUCUCAGACAAGUCAGAGAGAGAGAAUGCUGAGGACUCGGAUAAGGAGACCCAGGACCACAGGCGGAAGGCGGAGAGCGGGAGUGACCAGUCGGAGGCCCCGGGGCGCCCCGUGCGCAGGGGGACCACGUACGUGGUGCAGGACCACGAGGAGCUGGGGGAGCUGGGCGAGGCGUCGCAGGUAGAGACGGUGUCUGACGAGCACAAGAGUCUGAUGUGGGUCUUGCUGAAGCAGCUGCGGCCGGGCAUGGACCUGUCCCGCGUGGUGCUGCCCACCUUCGUCCUGGAGCCCCGCUCCUUCCUCAACAAGCUCUCCGACUACUACUACCACGCCGACCUGCUCUCCCGGGCUGCCCUGGAGGAGGACGCCUACAGCCGGAUCAAGCUCGUGCUGCAAUGGUACCUGUCCGGCUUCUACAAGAAGCCCAAGGGGAUCAAGAAGCCCUACAACCCCAUUCUGGGGGAGACCUUCCGCUGCUGCUGGUUCCACCCCCAGAGCCACAGCCACACCUUCUACAUAGCUGAGCAGGUGUCCCACCACCCACCCGUGUCCGCCUUCCACGUCAGCAACCGAAAGGACGGCUUCUGCAUCAGUGGCAGCAUCACAGCCAAGUCCCGGUUCUACGGGAACUCACUGUCAGCUCUGCUGGAUGGCAAGGCCACCCUCACCUUCCUGAACCGGGUGGAGGAUUACACCCUUACCAUGCCCUACGCCCACUGCAAAGGCAUUCUCUACGGCACCAUGACCAUGGAGCUGGGCGGCAGAGUGACCGUCGAGUGUGAGAAGAACAACUUCCAGGCUGAGCUGGAAUUCAAGCUCAAGCCCUUCUUCGGGGGCAGCACGAGCCUCAACCAGGUCUCCGGGAAGAUCACGUCGGGCGAGGAGGUCCUGGCACGGCUCACGGGACACUGGGACAGGGAAGUGUUCAUCAAGGAGGAGGGCAGAGGAGGCGCCGAGCUCUUCUGGAACCCAAGCGAGGAGAUCCGCGGGCGGCGGCUGAAGCGGCACACGGUGCCUCUGGAGGAGCAGACAGAGCUGGAGUCGGAGAGGCUCUGGCAGCACGUCACCAGGGCCAUCAGCGAGGGUGACCAGCACAAAGCCACGCGGGAGAAGUUUGCCCUGGAGGAGGCACAGCGGCAGCGGGCCCGAGAGCGCCAGCAGAACCUGGUGCCCUGGUCGCCGCAGCUGUUCCAGCUGGACCCCGCCAGCCGGGAGUGGCGCUACCGAUACGAGGACCACAGCCCCUGGGACCCCCUGAAGGACAUUGCCCAGUUUGAGCAAGACGGGGUCCUGCACACCCUGCGGCGGGAGACCAUGGCCCGCCAGACCACCUUCCUGGGCAGCCCGGGGCCCAGGCGCCAGGGGUCUGGCCCCGACCGGCGGCUCCGCAAGGCCAGCGACCAGCCGUCUGGCCACAGCCAGGCCACCGAGAGCAGCGGCUCCACGCCCGAGUCCUGCCCGGAGCUCUCUGACGAGGAGGAGGACCGUGACUUCGCUCCCGGCUGCGAGAGCCCGUGCCCUCGGUGUGGGAAGGAGGCGUGGCGGCUGCAGUUGCUGCACGAGGGGAUCCUGUCCAUCCGGGAGGCCCAGCAGGAGCUACAUAGGCAUCUCUCAGCCGUGCUGAGCUCCACGGCACAGGCCCGGCAGGCACCGGCCCCAGGCCUCUUGCACAGUCCCCGCCCUUGGUUCCUGCUCUGCGUGUUCCUGGCGUGUCAGCUGCUCAUUAACUACAUCCUCAAAUAAGAGCCCUUUGGGGACGGCGCGGGCAUCGCCUGCAGAACUCGGGCGGCCCCAGCCUCCCUCCCAGGCACCUAGCACUUUAAGCCAGCCCCAUGGAGGCAGAGACUCAGCGAGCACGGCCUCUGUGGACAGAGGGGCCCACGGCGGCACAACAGCAGGAGGGACCUGGGGAGCCACACGGGGUCCUCCCGGGGAGGCGCUGGCCUUACUGCUGAAGCCAAAUGCCACAUUCGUUGUGCACUGCACUCCCUGGUGACCUCGUCCCAUCAUCCCCGGUCAGCCUCAGGGGACUGAUGGCGGAGGGGCAGGAGGGCCCGCAGGGCUCUGAAUGUUGUUCCCCAGCAGGGGUGAGUGGGGGGCUUUGAGGAGCAAGCCGGGACCCCAGGUCGUCCUUGGGCCUAACACACAGGCCGUCCCUUCCUGAGACCCUGCCCACAUUGGCCUGGAGGGGUCACAGGUGGGCUGGGGGCGCCAGCUGGGCUGCUUCGGAGAGGGCGCUUGGGGCUUUAUUCUGCCUUUGUGCUGUUUGGACCGAGCCCAGUUCGUAUACCUACAGGACUCGCCCCACUUCCCUCAGCCAGGACGUGCCAAGCUGGGGCCGGCACAUGUGAGCAUGGCGUGCCUGGGGGCAGCGUCCCCGGCCUGGAGCCUGAGUUGGACACUUUGCUCAGAUUGAUGCACGGUCUUCCCCUCCCACACGUUUUUAAUAAACGCAAUCGCAAUA